AUGCCGCGGAUAGAACAUAGCUGCGUACACCACAAGGACGCGGAGCCGACGAGCUGUACACCACCGCAGACGAAGUCGUCUAAGAGGAAAACCACUGAAGGUGGAUUACCCCAAAACCAGGCACGCCGGCAAAGUCCGCAUAUUGGUCAGGUCCGAAGUUUAGAAGGAAUACAUUAUACGCAAAGCAUAGGUGCUAGUAGCAAAUCAACAUCAGAGCUUAUGUCUUGUGAUGAGCCUCAACAUGAACUAAUAUCAAAUAAAGAGCUUUCUAAUCACGAUCAAGACCCUCUUCUGGGUAUUUACGAGAGAGACGGUUGCCCUUGCACAUUCCGCGACGAGUUUUACGAGGCCGACAUGCGUGAUUUCGUAGACGCGAACGUAGAUGAAAAUGGUGUCUGUGUUAUCAACAAACUUCCCGAAAAUAUCCAUGAAGAAGCUCUUGAACACAGACUUGCGCAGCGCAAAGUUGGCGAUGUCUGGGCCAUGUACGAAGAUGGAAGCGGAUUGCCUCGAGUUUACGCAACGCUCAUGGCAUAUGAUCGCCGGUACAUCUGCAAUGAUCGACCUGCUCGCUGGAAGGUUGCAUUUCUUGACAGAGAAAAAGGCAGCGAGAGUGCGACUGGUGGGAUAGGGUGUCACUGGUACAAGGAAGGCCGCGGUGGCGCCGUACAAAGACUGAGACACAGGGGCAGAAAAUGGCGCGGAUGGGACAUUGCGAAUUGUAGCGAUGAUAUGUUUUCUCAUCGCGCGUCUGUUGCUGCAGUUCUGCGGGGAGCAGUGAGCACAAAAACUGGAUUGCGUGAUACGUUCUCUUCUUGUGGAGAUAAUCUCCUCUUGCCAGGCCGCCAAACGGCUGCAGUUGUUGAACCUAAGGUCGGUCAAAUUUGGACCAUGUCUAACCUUGUAAAGCAAUCAUCUGACCAACGUCUUCGUGGUCGUGUGCUGGACAAACAGUACAGGUACAAGCUCUUUGCGCAUACUGAGCUCGUCAGUCAAACGUCUGUUCCAAAAUAUGUGGUGCUUGUUCGAGCGGUCACUCAUGAACAUUCAUCUUCCCCCUCGCACACACCUGUGGAAGAAGCAGCAUUUCAGGUCAAAACAGCAAUUUAUGUUGUUGAAAGGCUUGCAAUGCAAACCAGGUCCGUGCACGAUGUUCAUGGUAGUUAUAUAUGUUCUGGAGAGAUAUUUGAUGGUUGCCGGGCAGCAAUGUUUGAUUAUCAAGUUCCAAUCAGUUCUGAUGGACAGGCAAACGUUUGGACUGAAUUUCUCAACCCUGGUGCACCUUUCGCGACACGUCGAAGUAUUUACAUCGACCCCAUGGCCCUGACUUUAUUGAAGGCGGAUAGUUGUGGUUCUUGCUCAAGAGAAUCAAAAAGCAAUGCAUAUCGUGUUCGCUUUCAGUCGGCGUCCAACACGGGGAACGUUGGAGCUGAUGUCCCUCCGGCUAAAACUUGUUCGUCAAAGUCAUCGUUACCGUGCAGUGUAACGUUGCAAACCACAAAGGAAAUGUUCGUGAAGAGCGACGUUCUGGCCUCGAGGGAGCGAAGAAAACAACCGUAUCCAGUGUGUUCUCGAUGUCACGAGACAGAGUGGAACUUCUCUGAUAGGUCACCAGGGGAGCCAAAACGUGGCGCCCCUGUGCUGAUUGAAUGCUGUGAAUGUCAGAACAAGUGGCACUUGCAAUGUGUUGCACCAGAAGCAGAGCCCGGUGACAAACAUGAUUUUUUCACUGCACAGUGGACUUGUGAGAACUGUCGAACUUGGUUACGAG